CAAUGGGUUGUUGUGGGCUUUCUUGUUUUUAACUUCUCUUCUUACUUUUAAAGAAAAAUAAAUAUAUGGAAAGAAAAAAGAAGAAGAUGAAGAAAAGAAAAUGACAUUGUGAGUCUACAGAAGUAUUUGAGGCAACUCAGAAAAACUCAGGUAGUUCAUGAUCCAGUUUUGCACCUGGCUUCAGCUGGUUACGGGUUUGGAUUCGACCAUCCAAGUGUUCCUGUUGCCCAGAUCCAUGGUAUCACUGCAAUUUCCACUCCUUCUGCUUGUGUGGCUGGGGUUAAAUAUCUUCCUCUUUUGGUGGUUCUAUCUUGCAUAUGAUCUCCCACAAAAUUUCUUCUACACCAGAGUACUCCUUGGCCGUGCUUUGGCUCUGGCAAGAGCUCCUGCAGCGUGUCUGAAUUUCAACUGCAUGCUGAUUCUGCUGCCAGUAUGUCGAAACUUGCUCUCCUUCCUCAGAGGAUCAAGUGCGUGCUGCUCUACCCGUAUAAGAAGGCAACUGGACAGGAACCUCACCUUUCACAAAAUGGUGGCAUGGAUGAUCGCCCUUCAUACUGCAAUUCACACCAUUGCACACUUAUUCAAUGUAGAGUGGAGCGUGCAUGCACGUGUUGAAGAGAAAGGAACAUUGGCAGCUAUGCUUUCUAGACUUGGUGAUAGCCCAAAUGAAAGCUAUAUCAACUUUUACAGAGAAACUAUUCCGAAUCCUGUUGGGGGCUUAUAUGUGGCUUUCACGUACUUGGCUGGUCUCACCGGUGUUAUCAUCACUCUGGCCCUCAUACUGAUCAUCACAUCAUCCACCAAAAUCAUCCGAAGAUCAUAUUUUGAAGUGUUUUGGUACACUCACCAUCUAUUUGUCAUCUUCUUUAUUGGCCUUGUCAUCCAUGGUGCUGGGCGCAUUGUGCGGGGACAGACAGCUAUGAGUCUGGCUGAACAUAUUCCAGAGAUGUGCUCUAAGAAUUUCACUGACUGGGGAAAGAAAGGAGCUUGCCCAGUCCCCCAGUUUGCAGGGAAUCCUCCUAUGACAUGGAAAUGGGUAGUAGGUCCCAUGUUUUUGUACCUCUGUGAGAGGCUGGUGCGGUUUUGGAGAUCACAGCAGAAGGUUGUUAUCACAAAGGUGGUGAUUCAUCCCUUUAAGACAAUUGAGCUCCAGAUGAUGAAGAAAGGUUUCAAGAUGGAGGUCGGGCAAUACAUUUUUGUCAAAUGUCCAGCAGUGUCUAAACUGGAAUGGCAUCCGUUCACAUUAACCUCUGCCCCAGAAGAGGAUUACUUCAGCAUUCAUGUCCGUAUUGUAGGGGACUGGACAGAGGGCUUGUUCAAUGCCUGUGGAUGUGAUAAGCAGGAAUUCCAGGAAGCAUGGAAGUUGCCCAAGAUAGCUGUAGAUGGCCCCUUUGGAACUGCCAGUGAGGACGUGUUCAGUUAUGAAACUGUUAUGCUGGUUGGAGCCGGGAUAGGGGUGACGCCAUUCGCAUCUGUGCUCAAGUCUGUCUGGUACAAAUACUGCCACGAUGCAACCAACCUAAAACUUAAGAAGAUCUAUUUUUACUGGCUUUGCAGGGACACUCAUGCCUUUGAAUGGUUUGCUGAUCUCUUGCAGUCUCUGGAGACUCAAAUGCAGGAGAGGAAUAAUGCAGAGUUUCUCAGCUAUAACAUCUACCUUACUGGCUGGGAUGAAACUCAGGCCACUCAUUUUGUAAUGCAUCAUGAAGAGGAAAAGGAUGUGAUUACAGGCCUUAAACAGAAAACAUUGUAUGGAAGACCUAACUGGGAAAAUGAGUUUAAAACCAUUGCAAGGCAGCAUCCAGGUUCCAGAAUAGGUGUUUUCCUCUGUGGACCUGAGGGCCUCGCUGACACGCUCAACAAGCAGAGCAUCAGCAACUCAGAAGCUGACCCACGAGGAGUACACUUCAUUUUUAACAAGGAAAACUUCUAACUCCCAGACACGUGGCGGUCAUUCAGUCCGCCAAAGUCUGAACGCUGACCUCUUUCUGUUUGGAAUCUGGGGAGGACAGCCCAGCUUCUAAUCUCAGCUACACUAACACAUAUCCCUUUGCUUCUUUGGAGUUAUUUUGAUGCUGUGGUAAAGAAUCAAGUUUCACCUUAGGAAAGUUUGCACUGCCCCCCACAUGCUGGCAAUUUAGCCGAAACUUAUUUGUCUUCAUGAGGGGAUUUCCUCUCAAAUAACUGCCUUUAUCCUCCUGUUAUUCAUAAUGACUGCUGAAGGUUCUACGCAGCCAUAUGCAUUUGGGAUCCAAUUCACAUUGAUAAAGCUUAAUGCUAUUAAACAAGAAAGCAUUCUGGUGUAAUGCUUGCUACUUAGAGACAGCUUAUGCUGGCUAUAGAGAGUACUUCGAAAUGGGAAUUUAGGAAAGGGUGAAGGGGAAAGAUUUCUCCUUAAACAGGAAAUCUGCUUUGAACACAAGCAUCUCUCAGGUUUCCAAAGACAAGCCUAAACACCCUGUCCAGGAGGUAGUGUGAGCAGCUGAACAGCAGCCAGCUCUCUUUAGGAAAGCAGAGUACUGAAAAGGAGCCACCUGGAUGUCAGAGUACCACUGCCACCAUGCCACAGCUGCAGUCAAGUUUGCAGACAAGUUUGUGCAGCCAUCUGGUCAUAUGUGGCAUAUUUUACACUCCCACCUUGCAAGACCUGAUGUGUUCUCCCUUUAAACCAUUUGUAAACGUUAUCUAAGCACUAUGCGCUACCUCAGAAGGACAGAUUAUCAUUUUGUUAUAUAUGAAUAGGAAACUGCCAUAUGACACAUCUGAAAGGCAGGAAGUCACAGCUGGUAAACGCUAGUACAAAUCAACCCUGGGGGAAAUUUUCAGUUCUUUCCCUCAAAAGGGCCAUGUUUAAAUCUACAUAAUUCUGUUUGCAAUCCACUUAUUAAAUGAGAACAGAGUUUAA